AUGAACAAAAGAUUUAAAUCUCUAGAUUCCGAGCAUUCUUUUUCUCCAAAAUCCCAAAGAAAACUCAUAAUUAGGAUACCAACUGAGGAAGAUAAACUAGAAAACACAAAUAGUUCAUUUGAUGACCUUAAUAGAAGGAAGUCGUUUUAUCAUUCGAUUAUUAGGACUAAAAAGAAAAAGGAGCUCUUUCAAAGCAACCAAUUUAUUGCUAGAAGAUGCUCAGGAAUUAAAGAGCCUUACAAGUUUCCACCUUCACCAAAUCCGCAUCAUAUGAAUUUCCGAGGAUUUUGUAGGAAGCAUUCUUUUGAUUCACCAACAAAGCUCAGAAGGGAGACUUCGGUUGAGCUGAAGACAAUUCCUUAUGAGUUUUCAGGACAAAUGUUAUCAAAUGUGAUCACAACUACACCAAAACCAAUUAAGAUGAAGUUAUCAAGUAGGAGUGAAUAUAGAGAGCUAAUUAAAUCGAAAAAUAGCAUAAAAAUGCAGCUGAGGAAAGGGGUUUUUUCGAAAAUAGCAACAAAGAAUGAGCGCUUUGUAAUCUAA